AUGCCAUCAUCAACGAAAUCAUCCGUAGGGAAGGCAGACAAGGCUAAGAAGCCAGCUGCGGAGCCAAAGAGUAUAUUAAAGAACAAAAAAUCGGACGAAGUCGAAGAACCAAGUAGUGAGGAUGACGACGAGGGAGAAGAAGGCGACGAAGAAGUAGAAAGUGACGAUGAAAACGACAGCGACGAAGCACCUACUACGGAUUAUGAGAGUGACUACAAUGGCCUUCAAAAGAAACCAAAAAAACGUAAAAGAAAUGAAGGAGAAGCUUUCGCUGAAGCCUUAUCAAAUCUGGCGGAGGCUGAUAGCAAAAAGCUAGAAAUUCUUCCAGCCGCUAACAAAAGCCUCAAGAAGCACAAAUUAACACUCAAAGCUCAGAAAGUUCUCAGAGACGAGGCGAAAUCUGACCAGGAUAUCGGCAGACUGAGGGAUGUAGUCAGUGGAUGGGCAGUUCCAUCAACAAAGAAGGACAAGUUAGAUGACGAGUCUGCUCUUGUAGACGCAGGUGCUGAGAAAGAGAAGAGACUCCGUAAAGUCGCACAAAAGGGUGUUGUUAAGCUAUUCAAUGCAAUUUUAGCUGCUCAAAAAGCAGAAAGCGGUGCAAAAGUUUCAGAAAAGGAGAAGGAUAAGGGUAUUGGUAGGGCUCGAUUGGAGGCACCUGCAAACUUCCCUAGAGAGAAUAAGGGAAAGAAAAACAAUGACAAUGUCGCAAAGAAUGCUUUCAUGGAUGCCAUACGAAAGGGAUGA